AUUUUUCAUUGUACAAGUAUAUUAACAGGUGAUGUCGUGUUGGUGAGCUACUGGAGGCAAGUCGAACCCAUGACGUUGAGACUACGCUUGGAUGUUUAAUCCGCACUGCACAUGUGCGGAGUAUGAACUUGUCCUACUCGUUUAGUCUCCUUAAAACUCCUUACCUUUCUCUCUUUCAUUCCGUAUUUAAAUCACUCGUUGAAAGCAAGAACUCUGGCCAGGCAUUGGGCCUUUUCCGCCAAUUGCUGCAAUCAAACGUAAAACCAAAUGACCUCACUUUCUCUUUGCUCCUUAAAGCCUGUAGAUCGUCGUCGUCUUCUUCUGCUUUGAAUUCACCCAAUCAAAAGAUACAAGCAAAUCAGAUUCAGACCCACUUGGUAAGAUUGGGCUUUGACCAAUUUGUAUAUGUGAGUACUGCAUUUCUUGAUUUAUGCAUGAAAUUGGGAUGUAUAAAACAUGCACAGAAGUCGUUUGAUUAUAUGCGUGAUCGAGAUGUUGUGACUUGGAAUGUAUUGAUUUGUGGGUAUUCGCGAAAUGGGUAUGAUUCUGAUACGCUUGGAUGUUUAAUCCGCACUGCACAUGUGCGGAGUAUGAACUUGUCCUACUCGUUUAGUCUCCUUAAAACUCCUUACCUUUCUCUCUUUCAUUCCGUAUUUAAAUCACUCGUUGAAAGCAAGAACUCUGGCCAGGCAUUGGGCCUUUUCCGCCAAUUGCUGCAAUCAAACGUAAAACCAAAUGACCUCACUUUCUCUUUGCUCCUUAAAGCCUGUAGAUCGUCGUCGUCUUCUUCUGCUUUGAAUUCACCCAAUCAAAAGAUACAAGCAAAUCAGAUUCAGACCCACUUGGUAAGAUUGGGCUUUGACCAAUUUGUAUAUGUGAGUACUGCAUUUCUUGAUUUAUGCAUGAAAUUGGGAUGUAUAAAACAUGCACAGAAGUCGUUUGAUUAUAUGCGUGAUCGAGAUGUUGUGACUUGGAAUGUAUUGAUUUGUGGGUAUUCGCGAAAUGGGUAUGAUUCUGAUGCAUUGGAACUCUUUGUUCAAAUGCUUAGAGAGGGUUUUAGUCCUUGUCAGACGACUUUGGUUAGUUUGGUUCCAUCUUGUGGUCAGCAUGAGCUAGUGUUUCAAGGGAAGUCUAUUCAUGGGUUUGGAAUUAAGGCUGGCCUUGAUUUGGAAGCUGCAGAACUUUUGUUUGAGGAAAUGGUUCAGAGAAACGUGGUUUCUUGGAAUACCAUGAUUGGCGCCUAUGGGCAGAAUUGUUAUUUUGAUGACGCUAUGCUUGUCUUCAAACAAAUGCUGGAGGAGAGUGUGGAAGCCAAUUCAGUAACCAUUGUGAGCCUUCUGUCAGCAAAUGCUCAUCCUGAAUCUAUACAUUGUUAUGCAAUCAAAACUGGUGUUGUCAAUGACACUUCUGUGAUUACUACACUUGUUUGUGUUUAUGCAAGGUACAUGAACACAGAAUUUGCCGAGCUGCUUUAUGAGUCAUUUCCCCAGAAGAACUUGGUUUCCCUUACAGCAAUUAUUUCAAGCCAUGCUGAGAAAGGAAAGAUAGAUUUGGUGGUGGGUUGCUUUAAUCAAAUGCAGCAAUUAGAGAUGAAGAUGGAUGCAGUUGCUAUGGUCAGCAUCCUCCAUGGGAUUACACAUCCUGCUCACUUGGGCAUUGGACUCACAUUCCAUGGUUAUGGAUUAAAGAUUGGGUUGAGUGAUAAUAGUUUGGUUGCAAAUGGCCUGAUAAGCAUGUACUCCAACUUUGAUGAUAUAGAAGCUGUUUUUUCUUUGUUUUUUGAGAUGCGUGAGAAAACAUUGAUCAGCUGGAAUUCUGUGAUAUCUGGCUGUGUACAGGCUGGAAGGUCAAGUGACGCCAUGGAGUUGUUCUGUCAAAUGAAGAGGUUUGAUCACAGUCCAGAUGCCAUUACCAUUGCGAGUUUACUUUCAGGUUGUUGCCAACUUGGAUACCUACAAUUUGGGGAGAGACUUCAUACUUACGUCCUAAGAAACAAUCUAGAAGUGGAAGAUUUUGUUGGAACUGCUCUUAUAGACAUGUACACCAAGUGCGGAAGAAUAGAGUGUGCUGAAUGGGUGUUUAAGAGCAUCAAAGAGCCAUGUUUGGCAACAUGGAAUGCGAUAAUCUCAGGCUACAGUUUAUAUGGGCUCGAGCAUAAAGCUCUUGGCUGUUAUUCUGAAAUGCAAGUUCAAGGACUAAAACCUGAUAAAAUUACCUUCUUGGGUAUUUUAGCUGCUUGUACUCAUGGGGGUCUUGUUGAUGAAGGGAGAAGAUACUUCCAAAUCAUGAGAGAAGAGCUUGGCAUGGUGCCGGGUUUGCAGCACUAUGCAUGCAUGGUUGGUCUCCUUGCUCGUGCAGGCUUGUUUGAAGAAGCAACGGAUUGUGUCAAGGAUAUGGAGAUUAAGCCUGAUUCUGCCGUGUGGGGAGCUUUGCUAAGCGCUGCUUGCAUCCAUCAAGAGGUCAGGCUUGGGGAAUGUUUUGCCAAGAAGUUACUUUUCUUGGAUUGCAGCAAUGUUGGGUUUUUUGUGUUAAUGUCAAAUCUUUAUGCUAUGAAAGGGAGGUGGGAUGAUGUAGCAAGGAUGAGGGACAUGAUGAGAGACAAUGGAGGGGAUGGCUGUUCAGGAGUUAGCAUCAUUGAAAUGACUUCAUUUGAAGACAUGAAUAGAAACUAGAAACUUGUGCUUGAGUAAAGUAAAUAUGAAUACAAAAUUUUUGGCUGCCUGAGUUUUUAUUUUAAUUUUUUGAAUGCUGAUUGAUUUUAUCCUAUAUUUGUUACAUAAAUUCACUUGCAUCUAGGAUUUGAUGCAGUUGCGCGUGAGAAAUAACGUAUUUGAUUAGAG